AUGACUCGCGUAAUUCCCAACCCCUUGGUAUAUGUAUUCCAAUCACUACCACUCUCCAACGUAAUUGAGUUGGGAGCAUGGCUGGUUCUCACUAGAGAGCUUGUGAGCCAGUUUGGGAAACUAGAAGCUGUUAAAGGAUACCGGGUGGAGUCCAAAGGGAAACCUGCAUCUCGAGAGCAGCAGAAGUUUGUGUGGACGGACUAUUUUAUGUCGAUUUCCAACCGACCACCAACAGACCGGUAUGUCUUUGGGCAUAUAACAUUUUACAGUCUUGCGGUUAUAGAGAGAUGGCCGCUGGACUUGCAGGUGCUGGAUUCCAGUUUCCGCACGGUGAUGGGGUGGAUUUCUCAACUACGGUCCAAAGGUCCAUUGCAGCAGCCGGUCCAAUCUAAUGCUUGGACAUGGUACUACAAUUGGUUUGCAGGUCAAACCGCCGCUCAGUCGAGCAAAACUGAAGAGGAAUACGAUUUGCUGGAAGACGUCAUUCAGGACAUUAAACGGUCAUAG